AUGAUCUCGCAUACUGCAAAGAGAAGAAAACUCAAUCCCACAGAAACCAACAAUGCUGCGCAGGUCGAGGACAGUCUCCUUGACUCAAGGCUGCGCACCAGCAGCAAUAACUCUGCCGAGUUCACCGAUGAAGCUGAGACAGUCCGGGAUGCACAAAUGAAAGGUUCGGACAAGGCAUCACCCCGGAACGGCGAGAGCAAACGAGUCAAUAUCGAUCGAUCUGCCGAACUCGCGCGUGCGAACGGAUUGUCGAAGUCCGGCCUUUUUAAGCUUCAGACCGAUGAGCUACUCACCGAGCUUAGACCCGACUACGAUAAGUUAGUUUCUCAAGUUCACGACGUACUGAGCAAAGUUAAGGAUACCAUAUGUCGCGUCCCUGACCGACCGUCGAAGCCGCCACUGGAAGCAGAAAGGGAAAUGCGAAAAAUGCAUGGCAUUACUAUACCAUUCCCAUCUCCUCCCCCAGACGGAGAUGCCAAGUAUCCCAUGGCGUUUCGCCCACCAGCCAAUGUUAAUGUUGUGGGCAGUGUUGCUCUCCGGACUGGGAUGCGAAUGGCAGAUCCUUUCAACAUCGAUUUAGCUGUUACCAUGCCUGGUACACUCUUUCAGGAGAAGGAUUAUCUGAACUACAGAUUCUUUCACAAACGAGCAUACUACAUCGCAUGUAUUGCGGCAGGGAUACAAGAGGAGAAGAGCCUCCCCUUAACGUUGAGUUUCGGUCUCCAAGAUGGAGACAGUCUCCGUCCGAUAAUCAUCUUAGAGCCCAGUGAUGAUGCUCCCCAUGACUUGAUCCGUCUAAGGCUACGUAUCCGUAUCAUUACUGCAAUCGAGGAUGACGUCUUUCCAAUUUCGAAGACCCUUCCAACGAAGAAUAACAUUCGGUCCACUGCUCUUGUCAACAAGGAAGGAUCGAAUUGUGAAGAGUCCACUCCUUUCUACAAUAGUUCUCUUCGAUCAGAAGCAACCGUUGCGCCAUAUCAUAGAUACCUUCAUUCAGCUACACAGAAACAUGAAUCUAUGAGAGAUGCAUGCAUCCUUGGCCGAGCGUGGCUCCGGCAACGAGGAUUUGGGACUGCUGUUCAUGACGGCGGCUUUGGGGGCUUCGAAUGGACAGCACUCUUAGCUCUUCUCUUUGAGGGGGGCGGCCCGAAUGGAAAACCCGUUUUGCUGCCUUCGUAUAGCAGUUACCAAAUUUUCAAAGCAACUAUGCAGUUUCUGUCUGGAAGGGAUCUCAUGCAACCUUUAGCGUGGUCUGCCAGGGACGUGGCAUUCCCCCCCGGUGGACCAGUCUUAUAUGAUGGAAAAAGGGGUCUGAAUCUUCUCUACAAAAUGACACCAUGGUCCUAUGCGCUUCUUCGCCAUGAAUCUAAAUUAACUUUGGCGAUGUUAAACGAGUCACGCUUCGAUCAUUUCGACAAGAUAUUCAUUCUUCAGACUAGCCAGCCAGUGCUGAGAUUCGACCGAUUAUUUUUUGUCACCUCUCCGCAGCAAAUGGAUGGAACACUCCAACUUCUCCAGUAUCAACAUACUAUGUAUCAGAUCUUAACCAGGGCACUUGGCGACAGAGUCCGGCUCAUUCACUUGUCAAGUCAGGAUGUCCCGUCUUGGUCACCAGCAACGCACCCAGCGAGCCAGAAAAGUCACAGAACAAUUAUGGUUGGGCUUCUUUUGGACGCUGAAAAUGCUAACCGUCUUGUCGACCACGGACCACCCGCAGAACAGAAAGAUGAGGCUGCGUCGUUUCGGGCAUUUUGGGGUGAGAAAGCCGAAUUAAGGCGUUUCAGGGAUGGAAGGAUUUUAGAAAGCCUCGUAUGGUCAGAACAGGAAUCCGCAAAUUCAGUGGUGUACCAGGUAUUAACCUAUGCGUUGCGUCGUCACCUGAAUAUCUUCGAAGAAUACAUCAGGUGUACUGGCGAAGAGUACGACAAAAGAGUCCGUGAUUUCUGUGGGCCCGUUUCCUCUUCCAGCGGCCCCUUUCAACUUGUUUAUGAUGCUUUUCAGGCUUUGCAACAAUCUCUCCAAAAUAUGGAAGAUAUUCCUCUUUCUGUCAGACAACUCCAACCAGCAAGCCCGCACCUUAGAUUUACGGCACUUUCAGCCAUGUCCGAAGGAAGCAUUGUUAGUGAGCCGGUCGAGGUUAUCCUACAGCUCGAGAGUUCUACAAAGUGGCCAGAUGAUCUUGUCGCCAUUCAACUGACAAAAGUUGCUUUUCUCACAAAAAUCGGCGAUCUCUUGAAGUCUGAUGGGUCUAUCCGUUCAUUUAGGGUCGGCCUAGAAAAUGACUCGAGCAAGAUAUUGAACAGGGCAUUCCUCGACGUCAUACACACAUCCCAGGUUGUUUUUCGUCUGAGAAUCCAUCAUGACCGGGAACAGACUCUACUUGAACGCAAACUCAAGGAAAAGGGCCUUAGUGCUAGUGCGAAAGAGGAGUUUGCCGCAGCACUCUCUGAAUAUAAGCAGCUUUUCAUCCAAGGUCCUCGUCUCACGCAAGCAAUUCGUACGCUCUGUACUCGUUUUUCUCUUCUAUCGCCAACCAUACGUCUCAUGAAACACUGGUUCCAUUCGCACCUUCUUCUUUCUAAUGUCAAGGAAGAAUUUGUCGAAUUACUCACGACACACACUUUUGUUCAAUGUUAUCCAUGGGAAGCUCCUUCAAGUGUCAUGAGUGGCUUCUUCCGAACUCUUCUAUUUAUAUCCAGAUGGAAUUGGCAGCGGGAACCAUUCAUUGUGGAUCUAGGGGGUCUCACUACACAAGAGCUAAGCGUGAUCGAAACGCGUUUCUUGGCAUGGCGAAGUGUCGAUCCCGCAAUGAAGAAAGUUGCUUUAGUUGUCGCUUCUGAAAUAGAUCAGGAUGGCGUCACAUGGACACUCAAUGGAAUGCCCCCUAAGGUUGUGGCAGCUCGGAUCUCGAGUUUGGCAAAGGCAGCCGUGAAUCUGCUCAAGCAGAAAGGCACUGAUAUCAACAUCGAGAGUUUCUUCAAAUCAUCCCUUGCGCCUUAUGAUUUUGUCAUUCACCUUAAUCCAAAACAGACCGGGCAUGAUCGUCGGCAUGAUUCACUUAAGUUCAAAAACAUCGGGAACGCAGUUUCAGACAAGUUCGAACCAUCGAACACCGUAACAUCCUUUCUUCAGGAACUCCAGGCAGCCUUUAGUCAUUGCAUACUGUUUUUUUACGGAGACAAACAAUGCAACGUUAUCGGAGGACUUUGGAAGCCAGAAUUGACAACUCCCAAGCCUUGGGGCUUGAAAAUGGCAUAUUCUACUUGCCCAGCAGCAGCGGAUUCGUCAAGAGAGACAAAUGACGUAACAUUAAACAGGUCUUCCAUUUUGAACGAGAUCGCCAGACUGGGCGGUGCCAUGAUUGAGAGCAUUGAAAUCCAUUGUGACUGA